CUGGAAUGUUUGCUACUCAGCUUGUGGAUCCAGUUACUCUCAGUUAUAAGAAGUUGAAGACCAUCCUGGAGUGUCGAGGGCUGGGAUACUCGGGGCUGGCCGAAAAGAAGGACGUCAGCGCAUUGGUAGAGAAAUCAGGCAAGCACAACACACUGGCUGUAGUACAUCAUGUGGCCUGCGAGACAGACCUACCUGAGACAUGCACAGUUGGCACACAAUUGUCUGUCAAAACUCUCCAACUUUGCUUCAAAAGUAUAGGUACACAGAAAACUGUUGGUGUUGGCAGCCCCCCACUCCCCAUCCCACACACACACACAUUUUUGCAACCACUCAUGUCAUCAACACCAGCAAAGACACCACCAAGACACCUCACUUGGAGCUGGAGGAUGAUGAGGAGAACCCAUUAAAGGGCAGUGCGUCUAUGGACAGAACCCAGAACCACAGGAUUACACAUGUAAUCCUGUCAACACAGCUGUGACAGAGUCAACAGAUGUGAUGUGAGUUACUCGAGAUUUAGCCUAAGCAUUGUAUUAAUCCAUUGGAUUUCAUUCCACCGUUUUUGCUCUAGCAGUAUGUCAUUACGUUUCAAACAGAGUGGAAUCUUCCUACCCUGUCAAUAAGACACCAACCUAUGUAGUGUAUGAACACUGCCUUCUGGAGCUGUUUAAGGUGUGGCCUGUGUGUCACCAUGUUUCAGAUGUACAGACAAGAAAGUUAGGUACAUUCCUCUGUGUAGAAUAGCAGUGCCAACAUUGUCAGUUCUCCCGAAAAUAGAAUAGUCGGCCUCAUCUUGGAAGCACCCCUACUGGGGAACCUCCAACUUUCAGAUGCAGUGUAUGUCAAUGGCACCUCUUUCUUUGGAAAAGGUCAUGGGUAAAGCCUUCACUAUAUAAAGUAAAAAAUAACUACGUAAAGACAAUACAGCUACAUAUCAUUUGGCUAUAUUUUAUAUAGAAUGUGGAAUGAAAUACACACUCCAGAAGCAAUACUGGAAAAAUAAACAAUAAACUGAUGUGAAACAGUCAGUGUUUUGUUAACUUCAUCAUAAAAUAUGGUAAAUGUUUUGUUGUUUUUGUUUGUUUUGGACCUGUUAAUUUCCAAUACACUUAAAGCAUGUGAUUUUUGGAGUGUUACUUUGAGAUUUUCAAUACACAUACACGCUGUUUCUGUAUGUGUGUAUGGACCUCGAUCCUCAACCAUGUCUGAGAUCUCCGUGCACAUGAAGACACUCUUUUCCUUUGGUGUUUGCAUCCACAACGCACUUCAAGGGACAAAAGCAAAAGGUUGAUGCAGGAACACCAGCCUUCUACAGAUUAUAAAAAGUAUUGACCAACAAGAGGGUCCUAAAAGCUGUGGAAAAGGCAAGCCCUCACUACCAGACCUCAUCACUGGAGGCCUUUCAGUGUCAUUCUGCAUUUUGCUCCCAAGAAUGUUGUUUUCUCAUUUGUUGGAUUGUUUUGCAGGAAUGCUGACGAGAAAAAGCAUCAGGCUUGAUGUUUCUGGAUCAAGGAUGGUAGGAGAGUUGACACAGGGGGAGCUGUACUCAGCCAUCAAGAAAGAGAAGGAGCAGACAGAGGCAGGAGCCAGCACCACACACUUCAGUGGAGAGAUGCACUUCUAUGAAUUGGUGGAGGACACGAAAGAUGGGAUCUGGCUGGUUCAGGUCAUUGCUCAAGGCAGGGAAGCUCUGAUUAGUCAGUCCAACUGGGGGAGGAUGGUCCAGAAACUGUCUCAGUUUGGGAUCAGAACUGGAACCUUCAAUUGCUCUAAUGACCACAGGUCAUGUAUCAAGCGUGGCUGGCAGCGCUCUACUCUCAUCAUGUCUGUUCCCCAGACUUCAGCAUCAAAGGGCAAAGUCAUGCUAAAAGAAUAUAAUGGUCAUCGCAUUGAAACUGAACACAUCUUCCGCUGGAUGACCUCACAUGUAGCUCAUCGAAUCAAAACCCUGCGUCAGUCUGACCAACUAGUGGAGGAAUGGCGCUCUGACCUGGCUCAUCCUGUGAAGAUGUUUCUGUUUGCCUGUCUGUCCCAACCACCUGCUUUCUUCUCUUCACUGUCUAUUAAGUUCACUGGCAGGAUUGAGUUCAUCUACGUGGACAUACGUCACUGGGACAACCACAGCAGCCUAUCAGAGAUUGGUGUUACACAGAGCCCUGCCUACAUCCUCAAGAUGCCUGAGGGCAUUUAUCGCUAUGGCAACAGUACUGGGGAGUACCUGUCCCUGGCAGCCAUGGAUACUUUCCUGCGUUCGGUCCAGCCGGAAGUCAAUGAUUUAUUUGUCCUCAGUCUGGUCCUUAUCAACUUGUUGGCCUGGAUGGAUCUCUUCAUUACACAGGGAGCCACUGUGAAACGAUUUGUAGUUCUGAUCCGAACGCUUGGAACCUAUAACUCCAUACUUCUGGUCUCCUGGCUUCCUGUUCUGGCUCUCCUCCAGCUGCCCUAUCUGGACACUCUGUAUGGAUACAGUUUGAAGCUGCUUCGUUAUGCUGACACCACCACUCUGGCCAGCCUUGUUAGAGCUGACUGGACAUUCUAUUCAUCCCACCCAGCUCUUUUCUUGUCCACGUACCUUGCCCAUGGCCUGUUGGUCGACUAUUUUGAGAAGAAACGCCGCUGUGGCAUCAGAAGCCAAGAGGACAACACUACAAACCUAGAGUGGCUAGCAAGUCUGUGGGAUUGGUACACUUCAUAUCUGCUCCAUCCAAUCACAUCACUGCAACAGGUCCCAUCUGACCAUUCAGACUGGGAGGAUGAUCCCAACUUCCUAUUUGAGCGUUUGGCUUUCCCUGAUCUCUGGCUUCGCCCAUUAGUAAACAUGGACUACAUUAAAGUCCUGCCAACCUGGAGGUUCAGAGCUGUUGGUCAGCACGGAAGCGAGGGGUCUGGUGUAAAGCUGGAUGAAGAGACAGAUAGCUCACAUUCAGACACAGAGAGCAGGAAAAACACUAAGUCCUCUCCUGCAGAUCCUAAUAGCAGACCUUCACACAUCUGCAAAAGGACCAAGAGAUCAUUGUGCAAGCAGAGCAACACUUCACAACUGUGUGUGCAUAAUGACACAGACGCAUCAUCCCUCUGCUAUCAUCAUGGGAACAGAAGCUUACCAUCAGCUGACAGGGCACUGGCUGAUUGCUGCCGAACACCUGAAGGUGUCUUUAAUCAGUACUGUGACUGGUCAGUGUGGCCCGGUAACAUGCUGCAGUGUUCAGAGUGUGUGGUGUGUUUGGAAAACUUUAUGAGUGAGGAGCUGCUGAUGGGUCUGCCCUGUGGCCAUGCCUUUCACCAGCAGUGCAUUGUGGUAUGGUUGGCAGCAGGCAGACACUGCUGCCCAGUUUGUCGCUGGCCCAGCUACAAGAAGAAACAGCAGAGCAGCUCCAUACUGCAGGACUGUUGAGUACUUCUAACUGAGUCCUUUUAUCUCCAUGUCUCCUCUCCCCUUUCACUGUCCAUUGGCAUGAAGCUAACUUAGCAUUGAAACCAUGGCUUGAUUGUUGGUGGGACUGGGGAGGAAUUAAGUAGAAACAUUGUCAGUUUGUGUAAUCAAGGCUGAGGUUGUCAUGAGCUCAGUCAGCUUGUUUCCACUCAUGUCAAAUGGAAAACACACAUCACUGGCGCAAAAAGCUCUAUGUGUGCAUGUGUUUCGAUCACCAUAACAAGACAGUUUAAAUUAAUGAAGUAGGUGUGAAGUAUCUAGUCCUUCUCUUUCUGAAGGUAUUGACAUGACCCUGUCAAUUACACCUCAUAAUGCUCAGUUUUACAAGACUUCAGAUAGAUAAAAAGACAAAAUACAAGUGUCGUAAAUGUGGUUUUUCAGUGAUGAUACAGAGUAAAGCUUGGUGGUAUAAUCACUGUGCUAUAUGAGGUAUUCUGCAACAAAUCCUCUGGAUCAUUGUCAUUGUACCUCUCUGCUUCCAGCCAACUAAUUGGAUGUGCCCUAAACCACAUAAGGUGAGAGGCUUUAGUUAUUAAUGCAAAAAGAUGGGCUCCUAGAUUUUUUAAGAUGAUGCAGAAGUAGCAAGACUGCUAUCUGUCAUGUAAUAUUCUAGCACAGUACACAUUGCUUCACUGGCAUUAUUUGCCUUGACCACAUUAUUUUUUGAUGUAUACGACAAACAGUAAGGUAUAACAUAUAUCAAAGAAUCAUAAAGGUUUUUGAAAGGUUUUGAAAUGUUUGUUGAGCCUCUACCAACUCCAGAAAAUCCAAAAGUGACUGAACUGGGCAGAAAACUUAGUUUGACCUCUGUUUCUUUCAGAUUCCAGCUUUUCACUUUCUUUGUCACCCGAAUACUAAUAUGCAUUAGCCUUAUGUGUGCUGUCACAAAAAUGGUGUGCCAUAUGUUUGAGGAUUUGAAAGAAAUUUCAUCAGUGACACACAGACAUGUUUUUGAUACAAGGUUAUACCAUAUAAAACAUUUUAGAGAUUAGUGAUCACUACCACCUGCCUGAGGCCACACCCAUAUCAUCCCUCUGCAUGCGACUAAUCACAGCCAGCCAAUAAAUCUGUACACUUCCUGCCAAGUGGAAAAUGGUAGAAACAGAAAGUAGCUGGUGAACAGCAGCCAAAGAAUCAGAUAUUACCCUCAGGAAUUGGUGAUAGAGUAAGGAGAGAGAAUAUUGCACUUAUCCUUCAUCAGAUGGACACACUCCACUCCAGUAAUUGUGUUAUGGGCAGAAAAUUUAGUUUGAUCAAAAUGAGUAGGCUAAAAUCUUCUUCAGUGUUGAACUCUGCAGUACUGUUAUUAAUCAGUCCAAAUUGAUAGAGUAGAAUUGAAGUUUGAUAGAGGGCUGAACGAUGAGACAGAAAAUCAUGAUGCAAUUAUUUGGACACAUAAUGCGACUUACAAUUUUAGUUGGAAUUGUGAUUUUAGUAUUUCAAUUCUGCACCAAACUGGAUGGACGAUUAGAUACUAUUUAUAGGCUAGGACAUCUCUGUAGCACCUGGUAUCUCUGGUAUCGUGAGAUUUAAAUGGCCAUUUUGCAGUUUCAUACUUCAAAUAAUUGAUUGACCCUUGUCUGAUGUGGUUGUCUCUGAGGUAACAGUACGUACGUAUUUAAAUUUAACAUGAUGGUUCAGCAUCAGGUGAAGAUACAAGAGGGUUAGAAGUCUUUGUUUCCCAUUACCCUACAAAUCCUUAAUUAUAGAAAGUUUGUUGCAGUUGUUGCAGUUAACAAAGAGCCUUUGCCAGCUGCCAGUUGUUAUCAUGUGUUGUCAUUCUGGGCAGCACUGAUGGAUUAGAACUAGACAGUUAUAGUUGACUGAUAGAUUAGAAAGAAACCCACAGUUGACUUUUGACAGUCGUUUUUAUGCGUCUGCGUUGGCAGUAGCUGUGGCAGGGGGCGUUAUAUUUUGAGUUUUUCUAUCCAUCUUAUUCUUGCAAACGCAAUUUCUUGGGAACACCUAGAAGGAAGUUCAUUACAUCUGGCACAAACAUCCAUUUGGACUUAAGGAUAAACUUAAAUGCAUGCACUAAUUAUUACAGAACACAUAUGUCCAAUAAGAUAAAAUCAUAAAGUUGUAAUUUUUUGUACUAAAAGGUCCAAGGUCAACAUCAUAAUGACCUCAUAAUGUUCUGCAAAAACAGAAAGCCCACCUUGAAACUGUAGUGAUUAUAUAGAUCUUCUUCUGUUCAUAUGGUGAAAAUUUCAGUAAGAACUAAACUUAUUAUCUUUUAUUAAAUACUUUUCUUGUUGUACUGAAUGUUUAAACAAUUGCCUUUCAAUUUAAUGCUGGCUGACUGAGGUGCUCUCACUUUUUCUUCUUAAAUAAGGGAUAUUUGACAUUUGAAAUUUGAGGUUUUGUAGUACAUUACACAGUAUGAAUCACUUGAUGGUAUUAAAGUGUGACUGGGCAGUUUUGCUGUUCUCUGGCGAAUGCAGUAAAUUCCAGCAAGCUAAGGAAACAUAUCCUCCUCCAUAUUGUAGUGAAGUUUACUGAAGUAUACUGAAGUUUAGGUUACGGUUUACCAUUGAAACUCACAAGCAAACUCUCUAUGUUUAAAAUCCUCUCUGUUGAGCUGCUAGCAGGCUCUUUUUUGGGCUCUGUUUUGUUAAAAAAAGAGUCCUGUUUGAAAAUGUCCAAAACUAAGUGUAACUUUAACUUUUACAUGUGCUCAUAUGUUAUCAUUUGUCUCCUUCCUGUCUUCUGUGUAUGAAGGUCAAGAAAAAAAAAAUCUACAGUAACUCUUAUUCAAAAUAAAAGAAGUGGUUCAGAACUUUG